UAAAACCUACAUUCUAAUGCUAAAUUAGCUAUUAGUCCUAAUAUUUAUUUGUGAUGCUCACCAUGAUGCUGAUGAUAGCUUAUAAGUAUAACAGUUGCUGCCUAAAAUUAACAUAUUUUGACAUAAAUAAAAUAUGUUUGCUUGGUUUUGCCCAUUUAAACUAUUCCGUCGUCGAUUAUAGCUCUCACUGUGCCUUUUCAUAUCAAAACGUGAGACAGAAAAUUUUCCUGGAAAGAAUUGUUUAUUUUCUAUUUGGUUUGAAAAGUUGAUUUUCCGGACGUUUGUGACCGGGCGUUUUCGAUUCAAGGCGGCCACUUCCGGAGACUGAUAUUCGAAGAAAAAAUACGAAUUUUUGAGACCAGGUAUUCUAUUCUAUACAACAUUCAUCACUUCAUUGGAAUAUUGGCCUCAAGCUCAUAUUGCUGUGUUUUUUCUACCAUGAACUUUUUUCUUGGUCUGUGUUACCUGACAUUCAUCAUACCUUUGCUGGUUUCUUCCACAUUACUCCUCACUGAAAAUUCAAUGAUCUUUUCAUGUUCAGAUUGUAAAGAAUUUCAAGAUGGCAAUACAAACUACUCAUAUUUUAAUACCAUAUAUGAUGAGGGAAACACACCAUUUGUUUUAAUUGGAGUCAGAGAUGGUGUGCUCAACGUAACAUUGGAUGCACAACUCAUGCAUUUUAUUUCCAUUCCAAGUAUUCCAUACGAUCAUUACAUUUGUCAACGAAAUGUCGAAUUGGGCAAUUGGCCACCACCAUGUGGGAACAUGAUUAGUGCAAUAUAUCCUAUUUUACAUUUUGAUUUAAUUCUUGUUUGCGGGACAAACUCACGCAGGAGCCAAAUAUGCUGGAAACUUAAUGGGACAAAAGUUGGGAGCACGUCUUCAAGCUAUUCUUUCUUUAAAAUUCCCCUGAGAAAAUAUGUCAUUUCAGAUCCGUAUAUAUAUCAAGCGUACUCGGUAAAAAACCUUCACCGAACAACAUUUACCCAAACGUGGGUCUUUACCAAAGAUGGUUUACACGAAACUCGUCCAAAGGAGCUUGUACUUAGGAACACAGAUGCAGAAAUUGUUUCUUUGUAUGAAAUUGGCAAUUAUGUUUAUUUUUUCUUCCACGAGACGUCCGAAGAAAAUAUUGAUGAACUAACAAAAGAGACGGUAUCUCGUGUUGCACGUAUUUGCAAGCAUGACCCAGGUGGUGGUGGUGCGGCACGCUCCAUACUUCUUACCUUCUCUAAAGUUAGAUUGUUGUGUCCUGUACCUCGUGCAGAUGGUUUUCACGAUCUAUACAAUAUCUUGGAAAUGACCGCUGUAAUACAUGAUGACAGAAAGACCUAUAUCUACGGUUUAUUUCGAGCUCGCAUAAAUUCUGAUGAGUUUGUGUUGUGUCGCUAUUUACUUUCGGACAUAGACAAAGCGUUCGACAGUAAAGUGUACUAUAACAUUGAUCCUAAGGUGCAUUAUAAGAAGUUCGAAUUUGUUGUGGCAGACAAGCGUGAUUACAGACAUUUGACGUGUGAUAGUUCACUUGUAGAACCUAAACUUACCGCGCAAGAAUAUAAAGACUACAGAAUGCGUUUAAUUCAUGCAUCAGUCAUUCGUCCUGUUGACGAAGAAGCUCUGAUAUUACGUCGCCAUAGGAGAUUCUUUACACUUCUUGCUGAAUCAGUGGUUAUUGCUGACGUAUCUUAUCAUGUGUUACGACUAUUUGAUUCCAACCUCUUGUUUGAAAUUUUUGUAAAUUCCACUGGUGUUGUUUCGAUAUCUGCCAGAAAAAUUAAUAAGGAUCAUCUUAUUAUUAAAGAUAUAAAGUUAAUAAAGUACAACCAGAGCUCUUCAAGAGUUGUCACACCACCUGCAACACCAACAAUAUCUGCAACAACGACAAUACCUACUACACCAACAACAUCUGCAACAGCGACAAUACCUACAACACGAACAACAUCUGCAACAACGACAAUACCUACAGCACCAACAACAUCUGCAACACCGACAACACCAACAACUCUGUCUUCUUCACAGCCCCCAACUACUAUCAUUCCAGCUAAUAAAACAUCAACAGUAAGCAGUAAUCUAACAUUGAAUACAAACACGUCAGUCACUAAAUUGAAUUCGACAAUUGAGAAACGUGAGUCAGAGCGAUCCAACUUAAACCUGACUUCAACUCAUACAACAGUGGUAGAAAGAACAUCUACAGACUCACAGGAAAUGUUCACGUCGCGGGAAACGAUUGUUGUUGCAACAGAGAAAAAGCUAGUAUUUGUCCCGAUUGCAUCUUGUACAUCGUUAAAAACAUGUCGGGAAUGUAUAUCCGUCACGAAUCCGUACUGUGCGUGGCACAGUGGAACUUGUAUUCAACUUAAUUCUACUUCUAAAAGGCCUUAUCUCCAGGACCUUGAAAAUGGCGACUAUUCUAAAAUAUGCCCGCAAAUUCCAGUUUCCUGUGUUGUGAGCUUAGAAAGCAAGAUCGUGGUAAAUGAAGAGGUAAUCUUACGUUGUUCCUUAUCUGGACUACCUACACCAAAAAUCUCAUCGUGGUUCAAAGAUGAAACUGUGGUUGAUAAUAAUACGGUUACGGUGAAUGAUCAAAUGCUCACGAUAAAAAGCUACUCAUUGAAGAGCUCUGGAAAGUAUAUGUGUCAAGUGACUAAUGAUGUGACGUCAUACAACUGUUCAUUGACGCUCUUUGGCUCGCUUCCAAAAGUACAUUGUAAAUGGGAUAAUGUAAAAGGCAACUUCAACUUAUCCUGUAAUGUCACUGGUUAUCCUCUACCCACGUUUAUUUUACUUAAGUCUGGAGAACGCCAUGAAAUACUCCAUAUGAUGUCAGAAAUAGAAAUGAAAGAAAAUAUCGAGUAUAGUUUCAUAGCCUACAAUGCUUUUGGUGAUGAUGUUACUGGUGUAUACAAAAUUAUUUCAACGACUUUAAAGUUCAAUUUAGUUGAAGAAAAAUGGCAUGAUGAUCUCAAGAAAUCCAGCAGUAAAAGAUUCAUUGACCUGAACAUUAAGGUCUUGCAAGGAAUUCGGGAACUUUAUAAGCGUUUUCCUCUCUUUCAAGACGCAAGUGCUACUUUCAGUGAGGGCAGUGUCAUAGCAACUGUAGUGCUAAGUGGUUUAAUUACACCUGACUCAGAUGAAAGGAAUUUAAAGAGUCUCCUUGAUAUGGUUAUUAAGAACAAAGGAAGACUUGGUGACUUACUCAUAGGUCCUUCUGACGCAGCAUUAAAUGGAACAUUAUAUCAGCAAAGUACGCAUGCUCCUUCAAGACCCCAAACAGUUACUUCUGAAACAACUAGCUCACGGAGCCCAGUCACAUCUACUCUACCAUCCACAAAUGUACCCACAUACAAUUCAACUUUACAUAUUGAAGCAGUAGGGACCAAAACAGUAUAUAUGCAUUCGUCCUCAUCCGGUGUCCCGCUGUGGCUAUUGAUCGUUUUACUAUGCGUCACCGCACUUCUCCUUUUAUUUCUUGGUUGUUUUUGUGGUGCUCGGGGUUAUUAUCGCUGUGCGCUCUACCAAAUACAACGGAAAAAUACGAAGGAGUCUUCAUCUUCCGACGAAGAAGUUGCCAUGGACGUGAUGUCGCGUUCAGAAAAGGUGAGGGAAAGCGAAUGUAAACUACUGAAAAAAGAUGAACGAAAGAAAGUAAAAAUGCCAAAAAGAUGUCUACAAAUGAAAGCGAUGAUAUUUCCAACAGUGGAUCCAAACAUGGGUCCAUUGAAAUAAAACAAAUUUCCAAUGGAGAAGUUGGAAGACCACAUUCAGAUCAUAGUCUAUGCUGAUGAUUUGUUCGCUUUUUCAAUUGGUUGGUGGUGCAACUGAUUCAUAUUUAAGAUCAAAGUAGAAGAGAAGAAGUUUUGUUUACUCUGACAGUUCUUCCUCGCUACUCUUCCCAUACUAUUUUGGGGAACAAGAUCACUUUUUCAAAGCAAAGUGAGCAGGAAGGGAUAUAAAAGUUUUUGGAGAAUUUCAAUUUAGGGAGCAUUAUUUGAACCAGAAGAAACAAUUGGAAGAAAUGACAUGUUGCUGGUCUACAUGUCAAUGCAGGAGCAUGUCGUUACUAGGUAUGACGUGCCGCUUGUUUAGAUUAAUUAUGUAUCAAGACUGUCAAAAUAUAUUUACGUCAAGUAUCUUUUUAGUUUAUUUAAAGUCUCUUGCGAUAGUUAGGUAAGAAAUUAUCAGAUUAUUGCAAAAAGAGAAAUCAAAAUAUAGAUAGCUACUUUUAACGACCAUAUGAUAUUAAGUAACAGCUAAAUUUAAAUGUAACUUUACUUACUUAGAAAUAUAAAUUGAAUUUUUUUAUGCUUAUUCGAAAAA